UUGAGAUCCAUGGAAGUGGCCGGUUUCUACGACGAGGGCGGCUUUGCUAUCCACGCGAGAGACGGCAUUCUCAACCCGGGCGGCUCAUACUGGAGGCUCGGAGACUCGAUGACGGAGUUGGGCAUCGAGGAGCGAGAGAGAGCGAUCGACUUUAGCGUCUACUUGGAUCCGGCGGCCGCCGCCGCCGUGCACUGCCCGCAGCUGGCGGCGCACUCGCACCCUCCCCAGGGCGACGUCUUCUCCGACUUUCUGGCCGAGAACAAGCUCAAGAGAGCGGCCACUUUUAAGAACUACACGCUGCUCAACGAGCUGGAGGCGGCUCAGAGAGACGGUCCGAGGGACCCCCGGGGUCCGCCCUACGGGUUGAGCUACGGCGACCUCCAGGAGACGCGCGUGGACAGUGUGCUCGCCUCUGAGCUGGUCCGCUACCGCGCCUCUAGAGACGACAGCAACCAGGAGGACGCCAAGAUGGACAACGGCUCGUCCGCUUUCGACAUGCGCCCCUACCUGCAGUACCAGUCUACCGGGAGCAGCGUAGGCAACAUCUCCACGGCGUCGUCCACUUGCUCCAGCCCGCCCGGAACCCCCGCGCCGGCCACUCAGGGCAGGUCCCCGAGGUCCCCGUCGCACGGGACCAAGCUCUCCGGCGGCAAGACUAAAAAGCGCCUGGACAAGGACAGCGACGAGUACCGGCAGAGGCGCGAGAGGAACAACUUGGCCGUGCGGAAGAGCCGCGACAAAGCCAAAAUGCGCAACUUGGAGACGCAGCACAAAGUGUUAGAACUGGCGGCUGAGAACGAUCGUUUACAGAAGAGAGUAGAGCAGCUGUCCAGGGAGCUGGCCACCCUGCGCAACCUGCUCUCGGCCACCGGACAGUGUUAA